CUGCCCGGGCUGCUGUUGUUGCUAUGAUGCAAUGGCGACUGCGCCGUGGGAAGCGAGUGAGGAGUUGAAUGAGUUCCCUUCACAGUUGAAGUGAAGCAGCCGCCGACAGACAGGACACCGUCAAUGCGGAGGGACAGACAGCAGGCAGGGAGACACUGGCAGGGCCCUGUCCUACCACACUACAUGGAAACACACAGCCAGAUAUGUCUGCUAGCCUCACAGCUAGCCGUGUCAUGACGGUUGGAGAGAUUUCUCACACAUCUGUACGACGUUGCAGCGAGACGAGCACCAACACCCUAUUUGCCCUCCUUAGACGAUACCAAGUGAGGAGUGGCUGUUGUUUUUCUUUUCUUUUUUAAAUUUAUGGUCGCAUUGUCCUCCUCACCGGCGACUCGGUGGACGUAUUCGUGCUUCUUACCAUGGCUGAGAGAACCUCAACCGGGUUGCUAACGAUGAUGUUGGAGCCCACGCCGGCUGUCGCUAUGACCCUGCCGGCGGAGGUCCGGGAGAAGCUGGCGGAGCUGGAGCUGGAGCUCUCUGAAGGGGACAUCACUCAGAAGGGCUAUGAGAAGAAAAGAGGCAAGCUGUUGGCACCGUACAUCCCACAGAUACAAGGUGUAGAUCCUUCACUGCAAAUUGACAACAGAAUCCAGGCCUCCUCCCAAGCUGUUCUUCCAGGUUCCAAACACAACAAGUCCCGGGCGGCCAACACCCGGGAUGAGCGCUUCAGAUCUGAUUUGCACACAGAAGCCGUCCAAGCAGCUUUGGCAAAGUACAAGGAAAGGAAGAUGCCAAUGCCCUCCAAGAGACGAUCUGUGUUAGUUCAAUCUUCUGUUGAGGCAUGCACCCCGCCAGACACCUCCUCAGCGUCGGAAGACGAGGGCUCGCUGCGCCGGCAGGGACGUCUGGCCACCUCCACGCCCUACCAGGGCCACGGCCACCUAGCCGUUGAGCACUGGUUUAACCGUGUCAUCCAGGGUUCGUCCACCUCAUCCUCCGCGUCAUCCACUUCAUCCCACCCGGGAGGGAGAUCUGUCACCACCACCAACACCACUGCCCACGCAGCCCUCAACGCCAACGCCGCAGCUACCGCACUGGCCGACCUUAUGGCACACACCCAGCUAGAUAACCACUCAGCGCCCCCCGAUGUGACGGGGCUGUCGGAACGCUCCUCGCUUCAUGCGGAGCGGCCCCAGGUGGCCUCGGUGCGAGGCGUUUCCCGGGGCUACAUCCACCACACCAGCGUCAUGGAGACUGGAGAUGGCUGUGAGUGGAGAAGUGAAGGAUCCCUCAGUUUAAUGGAUGGUGUACCAGUCAACAGUCGCGUCUCCUCCAAAAUCCAGCAGCUGCUCAACACUCUGAAGAGACCAAAACGACCGCCAUUACGAGAGUUCUUUGUGGACGACUUUGAGGAGCUUUUGGAUGUCCAGCAUAUAGAUCCCAACCAGCCAAAGCCAGAAGGCCAGCACACAAGUCCCCUGGAAGGAGAGCCUCUCGGGGUGGUCAACAACUGGCCUCCCUCCUUGCCAGCAGCCUUACAACGAUGGGGCAGCACUCAGCCCAAGAGCCCCUGUCUGACGGCACUCGACAAUGCUGGCAAGCCUGUCUACACACUCACCUAUGGUAAACUAUGGACCCGCAGUCAGAAACUGGCAUACACUCUUCUUAACAAGCUGAGCACCAGAAAUGAGCCUUUGCUCAUGCCCGGAGACAGAGUUGCACUUGUUUUCCCCAACAAUGACCCAGUGAUGUUCAUGGUGGCCUUCUACGGCUGUCUCCUGGCAGAGCUGGUACCUGUGCCUAUCGAAGUGCCACUUACCAGAAAGGAUGCAGGAAGUCAACAGAUUGGCUUUCUGUUGGGCAGCUGUGGCGUCACAUUGGCACUAACCACCGAUGCUUGUCAGAAAGGCUUGCCCAAAGCACAAACGGGGGAGGUAGCCACUUUCAAAGGCUGGCCGCGGUUGCUGUGGUUUGUGACAGAUGGAAAACAUGUUGUGAAGCCUCCGAAAGACUGGCAUCCCCCAAUACGGGAAGCCAGUAAUGACAUAGCCUACAUUGAGUAUAAAACCAGCAAGGAGGGCAGCACCAUGGGGAUCACAGUGUCCCAUUCAGCCAUGCUGGCUCACUGUCACGCCCUUACACAGGCCUGCGGCUACACUGAAGCCGAGACCAUAACCAACGUCCUGGACUUCAAGAGAGAAGCAGGAUUAUGGCAUGGUGUUCUUACUAGUGUCAUGAAUCGGAUGCACGUGAUUAGCAUUCCUUACUCCCUGAUGAAAGUCAACCCCCUCUCCUGGAUACAGAAGGUGCACACAUACAAAGCGCGGGUUGCAGUGGUGAAGUCGAGGGACAUGCACUGGUCUCUGCUUGCCCAGAGAGACCAGAGAGACAUCAGCCUGAGCUCGCUGCGCAUGCUCAUCGUAGCCGACGGAGCUAACCCAUGGUCGAUAUCCUCCUGCGAUGCCUUCCUUAACGUGUUUCAGGCACGUGGGCUGCGACCUGAGGUGAUCUGUCCAUGUGCCAGCUCUUCAGAAGCCAUGACUGUCGCCAUCCGCAGACCUCCAGAAAUGGGUGUUCCUCCUCCUGGGAAGGCGGUGCUGUCUAUGGGUGGGCUGAGCCACAGCGUGAUCCGUGUGGACACAGAGGAGAAACUCUCUGUCCUCACAGUGCAGGAUGUGGGACAGGUCAUGCCUGGAGCUCUGGUUUGUGUGGUGCGGGUGGAGGGGACACCCUAUCUCUGUCAGACAGACGAGGUUGGAGAGAUCUGCGUCAACUCAGGUAGCACGGGUGUAGCUUACUACGGCCUCCCGGGCAUGACCAAGAACAUCUUCGAGACCAUUCCAGUAACAUCAUCUGGGAUUCCCGUCAGCGACAGACCAUUUACCAGGACCUCACUGCUGGGCUUUGUGGGGCCCGACAGCCUUGUGUUUGUUGUGGGGAAGAUGGAUGGGCUGAUGGUGGUCAGUGGGCGGAGACACAAUGCCGAUGAUGUGGUUGCCACAGCACUGGCAGUGGAGCCCAUGAAGUUUGUGUACAGGGGGAGGAUAGCAGUGUUUUCUUUGUCUGUGCUGCAUGACGAGAGGAUCGUUGUUGUAGCAGAGCAGAGGCCAGACGCCUCCGAGGAAGACAGCUUCCAGUGGAUGAGCCGCGUCCUUCAGGCCAUAGACAGCAUCCACCAGGUUGGGGUGUACUGCCUGGCUCUGGUGCCUGCCAACACACUUCCCAAGGCUCCACUGGGCGGCAUUCAUAUAUCUGAGACCAAACAGCGCUUCCUGGAGGGUGCCUUGCACCCAUGCAACGUCCUCAUGUGCCCUCACACAUGUGUCACCAACCUGCCCAAGCCAAGACAAAAACAGCCAGAGGUCGGUCCUGCUUCUAUGAUAGUGGGCAACCUGGUGGCAGGCAAGAGGAUUGCACAGGCCUGUGGGAGAGACGUGGCACAGCUAGAGGACAAUGACCAGGCACGUAAGUUCCUGUACAUACAGGAUGUGCUGCAAUGGAGAGCUCAGGCCACUCCAGACCACCCUCUGUUCCUUGUUCUCAAUGCUAAGGGCACGGUGGCUAGUACAGCCUCCUGUCUGCAGCUGCACAAGCGGGCAGAGCGGGUGGCUACAGCACUGAUGGGUCGCCUCAACACUGGAGACCACGUGGCACUCGUCUACCCACCAGGAAUCGACCUGAUUGCUACCUUCUAUGGCUGCCUGUAUGCUGGCUGUGUUCCAGUCACUGUCAGACCCCCGCAUCCCCAGAACCUGGCGACCACCCUGCCCACCGUUAAGAUGAUUGUUGAGGUCAGUAAGUCGGUGUGUAUCCUGACCACUCAAGCAAUAAUGAAGCUCCUGAAAUCCAAAGAGGCUGCUGCUGCUGUGGACACCAAGAGCUGGCCUAUGGUGCUGGACACAGAUGACCUCCCCAGGAAGAAGAGUCCCCAGAUGUACAAGCCCCCGACCCCAGAGAUGUUAGCUUACCUGGACUUCAGCGUGUCCACAACAGGCAUCUUAGCAGGAGUCAAAAUGUCUCACGCUGCCACCAGUGCCUUGUGUCGCUCCAUCAAACUGCAGUGUGAGCUCUACCCUUCCCGGCAGAUCGCCAUCUGUCUGGACCCCUACUGCGGUCUGGGCUUCGCUCUCUGGUGCCUGUGCAGUGUGUACUCAGGCCACCAGUCAAUCCUGGUUCCCCCUCUGGAGCUGGAGAGCAACGCGUCUCUGUGGCUUGCGGCAGUCAGCCAAUACAAAGUGCGCGUCACCUUCUGCUCGUAUUCAGUCAUGGAGAUGUGCACCAAGGGCUUGGGUUCACAGACAGAGGCACUGCGGUUGCGAAAUGUGAACCUGUCUUGCGUGCGUACGUGCAUGGUGGUAGCAGAGGAGAGGCCCCGCAUAGCACUCACUCAGUCCUUCUCAAAGAUCUUUAAGGACUUGGGGCUUUCAUCACGCGCCGUCAGCACCACCUUCGGCUGUAGGGUGAAUGUGGCGAUAUGUUUGCAGCCCAACAGGUUAGGGAAACUGGCUGAGCAGGGCACAGCCGGACCAGACCCUACUACUGUUUAUGUGGACAUGAGAGCUCUACGACAUGAUAGGGUUCGCCUGGUAGAGAGAGGGUCGCCACACAGCUUGCCACUGAUGGAGUCUGGGAAGAUCCUUCCAGGAGUGAAGGUGAUCAUUGCCAACACAGAAACUAAAGGACCCUUGGGAGACUCCCAUCUAGGAGAGGUCUGGGUGAGCAGUCCUCACAAUGCCACAGGUUACUACACAGUUUACGGUGAGGAGGCGCUACAUGCUGACCACUUCAACACCAAGCUCAGCUUCGGCGACACCCAGACUGUCUGGGCGAGGACGGGCUACCUGGGCUUCCUGCGGCGCACGGACCUGACUGAUGCCAGUGGAGAGCGUCAUGACGCCCUCUAUGUAGUGGGCUCCCUUGAUGAGACUCUGGAGUUGAGGGGAAUGAGGUAUCACCCAAUUGACAUCGAGACCUCUGUUAUCCGUUCUCACAAGAGCAUAGCUGAAUGUGCGGUGUUCACUUGGACCAACCUGCUGGUGGUGGUUGUGGAGCUGGAGGGCUCGGAGCAGGAGGCCCUGGACCUGGUGGCCCUGGUCACCAACGUGGUGCUGGAGGAGCACUACCUCAUCGUAGGGGUGGUGGUGGUGGUCGACCCCGGCGUCAUCCCCAUCAACUCCAGAGGGGAGAAGCAACGCAUGCACCUCAGAGACGGAUUCCUGGCCGACCAGCUGGACCCCAUAUAUGUGGCUUACAACAUGUGAGCGCUGCCCCUC